AUGACAGUUUCUUCACUUCUUUUCUUCCUCGUCUUCUUCUUCCUCGUCGUAUUUCUCAACGGCCAAUGCCUCGAUGAUCAAAAGAAGUUGUUACUUGAGCUCAAGAGUUCUUCCUCUCCACUCAGUUUAAUGAGUUGGAACGCGACGCAUGAUUGUUGCGAAUGGGCCGGCGUGAAAUGCGACGACUCCGGCCACGUCAUCGUCCUCGACCUCUUCAAGGACGACAUCUGCGGCCGGAUCAGCGACUCUUCAACCCUUUUCAACCUCACAUACUUGUCGCAACGACUUCACCACAAUGGACAAAUCGAAGAUUCUCCCAUUGCAAACAACUCUACCCUUCUCUUUCUAGAUUUGAGUAGUAUUAGGAUUGAAGGUCAUGUUCCUAACUUCUUCUUCCAGUUUCGAAGCAUGAUAAUUCUCGAGCUCUCUACCAACUUCUUUAGUGCCGUUUUUGAACUGGAUAGGAUUCCAAGUCUUGCAAAUCUUUCGGAAAUUAUUCUUUCUAACAACAACUUGUCUGUCGAUACAUCCACCGCAAGUCCAACUUCGUAUGGAUAUCCCCGGAUAUAUACAUUUCAGAUGUCCUCCUGCAAUCUGUACGAUUUCCCGGAUCUUAGAAAUCUAUCGUUGUCGGAGUUGGACCUCUCAAACAAUUAUAUAGGAGGGGAUAUUCCUAGCUGGAUUUGGGAAAUGGAACUUGUGAGCUUGAACCUUUCUCUUAAUCUUCUGACAGAUUUUCAAAAGCCUUACCAUAUAUCUUAUUCUAUUAACACAAUAGACUUGCACUCUAACCGGUUGCGCUGUGAGCUUCCGUUGCUUUCAGAAGCAUUCGAGUUUGGUUAUGCUUACUUGUUUCUCGCAAACAGUAGCCUAACCGGAGCAAUUCCAACCUCCAUCUGCAUUCGCUCUCGGAGGCUUCUAGAUUUGUCUUUCAAUAACUUAACUGGCAGCAUACCUUAG